GUGCUAUCGAAAAGAUGGGUAGAGAGAGAAAUUGAAAAACCCAUAAGAAAAAAAGCAAAACAACAAAACAAAGAUAGGAAAAAUGUGCAAUCUUUUUUAAUUUUAGACAAUCAAUUCGGGCAAUAAGAUGUGCUAGCGGAUAAGAUAAAAUGCAGGCCUUGGGCAGAUCGGGUCACAGUUUGGUGGCCAGUUCCAGCUCGUUUCUGUACGCCACAUCAACAAAAACAAACGCACGCACACAUAGAUGUAGUCGAACAGAUGUUUUGUGCCUAUUACGUAACUAUGCGAAUUUGGCGCAAAAUUCAAUGACGUUUGGAGCCCCAGCUGUAUCAGCAGCAAUAGCUUCCGCAGCAGUCCCAACACGUGAACGAGUUCCCCAGACGACGCGGCGGCACUUGCACAGUUUUACUGUCCCUAGGUAUUCGCGAUAUUCGGCCAGCACCAUCAUGACCUCCUACUGCAAGGAGCUGCAUCUCAAGCAGUAUGACAUCAUUGGCUUCGACCUGGACGGGACUCUGCUGCGGUACAAUCUCACCAAUAUGUCGGCCCUAAUCUACGAUGUGCUGAAGCGCUAUCUGGUCGAGAACAAAGGCUACUCCGAGACGCUGCUGGAGCUGCCCAUGGAUCUGGACUUUCUGCAGAAGGGUCUGUUCCUUGAUGGCCCGCGUGGCAAUAUCCUGAAGCUGAGUAGCGAGGCACAGAUACUGAGGGCCACCCAUGGCACCCGGCAACUGACCAACGAGGAAAUCGUGGCCAUCUAUGGCCCAGAGCGACAGUGGGAGGUUACCACAUCCUUUUACAAGGAUCCUCUGUCCACCUGGAAUGGUGCGGCCUCCGAGCAGAUGCGCUCCCUGCUGGACUACUUCGAUAUGCCCAGUGCAUUGGUUUUUGCCCAGGCCGUGGAUGUGGUGGACAAGGAGAGCGAGUCCCAGCCGCAGGAGUACGAAGUGUGGCGCGAUCUGCAGGCUGGCCUUAUGCACAUUUUCAGCAGAGAUCACUUCUCCAACGACAUUAGUCUGUAUUUUAAGAGUAUGCGGGCGGAUCCGCAGAAGUAUGUCCUGUGCACGGACAGCAGCGUGAUGGACUGGCUGUCGGCUCUGAGGAAAUCCGGCAAGAAACUCUUCCUGCUGACGGGCUCCAACAUUGAUUUUGCCAAUCUGACGGCCACUCAGGCGCUGGGCAAGGACUGGCAGCAGUAUUUCGACUUUGUGGUGACCUACGCCAAGAAGCCGGGCUUCUUCACCAUUCAGCGUCCCUUUCUGCGGGUGGAUGUGAAGGGACUGAAAGAGCUGGCCAACACGGAGCUGCCACAGGAUGCAGGGGUACUCAAGACGGGAGAGAUCUACUCGCAGGGCAACUGGCAUCAGCUGCACGAGGCACUCGCCAAGCUGCUAAACAAAGAGACCGCCCAGGCCAAAGCGCUGUACUUUGGCGACAACAUCAUCCAGGAUGUGUACACACCCGUGAAGCAUCGCGACUUUGAUGCCGUGGCCAUUGCCGAGGAGCUGCUGAUGGAGGAGAAGAAUUAUCCGUAUUUCGCCGAGCUGGACUCGCAGCUGUGGGGCUCGUACUUUGCCAUCGGCUGCCAGCCCACCCUCUGGUCGAACUUUAUCAGCAGCUUUGCCCAGAUCUGUGUGCCGUCCAUGCAGGAGGUGGCCCAGACGGCGCCCGCCCAGCGUAUUGUGUGCACCAAUCCGCAUGGCUUUUUGCCCAAGUUGCCCAAAGAGCUGGAGACGGUGAGUCCGACGAGCUGCUGGCAGGGCGGCACUGGGAGUGGCACGUGAUUCCCCACACCACACCCUCCACCUUCCUUAUCAUCGUCCGCUGGUGACAAUAAACGAUCUAUGAACCCCCAAGGCCUUCGACUCGCAGAUAAUCAACGCCGCUGCAUCUCAUCAAAAUUCUACAGUCGUACAACAAAAUUUGUAUUCAGUAAUAACAAUAAAUUGGAUGCCAGAAAGAUCCGCAGCUCGCAGAGAGGAAAUCUACUGUAAACAUUUUGCACUCUGGCCGACUAUACAGUGUACGUCUUAAUGCUAAGCCCUUUGUAAUUGAAUCAUAGACAAAACAAAUUGAUCAUAUAUGUAAUAGAAUAGACAACAUUUUUUAGCUAAAAUUUAUACGAAUAACCAAACGUAUUGCAACUUUUAGAAGAGAAUUUUCUAUAUAUAUUAUACUCCCGAAACGCAGUGUACAUGCUAAAAUUAACCCAUGUUGACCUUCACUUUGUACAAAUAUUUGCUGCAUAAACAAAAGUAACUGCAAAAUAAAUGGGUUGUGUCUCCCCCCGAAA